AUGUUUCUUGAGAGAUGGGAAGAGCUCAAGAAAGCCCAUCCCGUAGCCACGUCUUCGCAAAGAGAUAGGACAUAUUUGAAGGCUUCUUGGCUCUACCAGGGGGGAAAAAGAGAUAGCGUAGAGAUUGAUCGAGAUGGAUGGAGAAGUUCUGAGCUAGACCGGAGGAAAGGAUUCAAACCCAUUGUCAUGCACCUCGCAAAGACACUCGAGUUUGCUCUUAAUGCCAGCACUCUACAUGUUGUUCAAGACCAGAUUGUAUCAUCAUUACCAGAUGUCAACAAUUGGGAAUUACAGGCAAUCAUUCAGAAGUGCCCUGAGGAUAUAUUUGAUGAAGAGGACGUCAAAAUAGAACUUCUUCAGUGUGCUCGUACUUAUAAAAGAAAUCGAAAGGAAGCAAUUAAUGCAAUUGUUGCGUUAACCACAUACUUAUACGAUUGGACUAUCAGCACACCAUCUGAAGCAUACUUGACAACGAGUCAUAUUCACCCGUUCGUCCAUAAUCUAUUGUCGUUUACUCGCCAGGGAACCGGCACAAUUACACUAACUCAUUUUACCCGUCUGGAAUAUCCACAAAGGGAUGCCAGUGACAAAUCGAAUCUUAAAUAUACGCUCGCACUCCAAGCCGUUGGUAACAGCAUUACGCUUUUCGCCAUGUCGCUGCCAUAUCGUCGGUUAUACACGUUCACUGAAUUGGCUCGAUUCCAAAUACCUAAAAAGAAAUCCGAUUUUUUAAAUAUGGUUGGACAUUUAAACAUUGUCAAAUCUAAAUUAUUAUAA